AGCGAAUGGCCUUCUGUGAAAUUGUUACCUCGACUAACGACUAACGAAAUAUCAUCAAAUCCAGGGAGACAACACAAGUGCCUGCGAUGGUUGAAGACAAAUCUGUUCCUGCUGCUGACGUUUGCUGGGAUUAUAACAGGGCUCAUUCUUGGCCUGACUGUCAGGAUAGCCCGCCCGGGCACUGAUACUUUGCUGUGGAUCGGUAUGCCAGGAGAGCUGUACAUGAGAAUACUUCAAGCAAUGAUACUGCCACUGAUUAUCUGUACAGUGAUAGAUGGAACAGCCAACACUGAUCCCAAGUCUAACGGACGUAUCGGACUGGUCACCAUGACUUACAUUAUGGUCACCAACAUCCUGGGUGUUGUUGUGGGCAUCUCGUUGUGUCUUGCCAUCAGCCCAGUUGUUCCUGACACAAGAAACCUUCGAACUGUCGACAUCUUUGCUGACUUCAUCAGGAACAUAUUUCCAGACAAUAUCGUGGCAGCGACCAUGUUGAUGGCUCAGACAAAGUACACACAGAAAGAGGUGUUGGUACAGACAAACCUCAGUGGUCUUGUGGCUAACACUACCUCGGUACAACUCAUAAGAUCCAUGACCACUGUACCAAGUACAAAUUUACUAGGUUUACUUGUUAUCAGUGCUUCUAUCGGCAUUGCGGCAUCGCAGGUAGGGGAGCAGGCUCGCCCAUUCAUCGACUUCUUCAGCGCAGGAGCUAGAAUUAUCUACAAGCUGUUUAACUGGGCGAAAUGGUCAACUCCUGUGGGUGUUGCAAGUUUAAUUGCUCAUGCCCUGAUCAAGGUAGGGAACAUCCAAACCGCCUUCUCCUCUGUGGGUAUGUUCCUGACCACAACCAUAGGAGGUUGCCUGAUAUAUCAGUGGGUGGUCCUGCCUAUCAUCCUUCUGGCUGUCACUAGAAGAAACCCGUUGACGUUUAUGACUCACGCAGCUAAACCGUGUUUGCUUGCUUUUGGACCCGCCAGCUCAACGAUUCCAUUACCCGAAAUGAUCCGGGUAUCAGAAGAAGUCUACGGGGUAGAUCCUAGGGUGGCCGGAUUUACCCUUCCAUUCUGUGUCACCCUAAACAGAGACGCUAGCUGCCUGUUUAUCGCGAUCACCUGCCUCUUUGUGGCCCAGUUCGAAGGAGCAGAUUUGGGAACUGGAGAUGUAUUUAUCAUAGCAAUUUUAACAACCAUGUCUUCUUUGGCGAUUCCGGCGGUGCCAAGUUCCAGUGUCGUUGCUAUUCUCAUUAUACUGAGCUCACUAGGGAUCUCCACCACCAGCAUUGGCUUGGUCAUGGCUGUGGAAUGGCUGAACGACAGAGUACGGACAACAACGAACGUUUCAAGUCACAUGGUUGCAGCACUGGUCACGUGGAGGUUUUGUCGAGCAAGUAUGUCCAAGAGCGUCCCAGUUGCAGAGGUCCGUGUGUUCAGAGACGCUGAAGAUUUGUAA